UGACAUCAUGCGCGCAUACUUCAUGGACGACCUCCCCGGCGACCAGCGCGAGCUGCACGACUCGGGGCGCACCGUUCCCGACGAGAUGCUCGACAAGCUCGGCGUGCUGCGCUGGCACAUCCCCGUCGAUGCCGAGGGCAAGUGGCAGAGCGAGGUCGACAAGAUCGCGGACGCGCGCAGCUACAAGAACCGCGACAUCGUCCUCAACGCGAAGGAGGGCUUGGGCGACACCUUCGAGGCCACCAUGAAGCGCUUCUACUCCGAGCACAUGCAUGAGGACGAGGAGAUCCGGUACAUCAUCGAGGGCAGCGGCUUCUUCGACGUCCGGGAAUUCACCACGGACGAGUGGGUCCGCCUCCACCUCUCUGCGGGCGACAUGAUCGUGCUCCCCGCCGGCAUCUACCACCGCUUCUCUCUCGACAUGGGCAACAAGUCGCGCACCAUGCGUCUCUUCAAGGACGAGCCGAAGUGGAUCGCCUACAACCGCAGCACUGACACCGACACCAACCCGUUCCGUCUGGACUAUGUCAAGGCCGUCCAGGGCGUCGCGGUUGGUGCCUGAGUGGCGCCUCUCUUCAAGUUUCAGACGUAGAUAGUGCUGCACGGGCGGAUGAACAAUGUAUUGAUAGGUGUAUAUAUGUACUGCAAGAGGAUGGUGUGUGUGAGUGCACGUUUCCAGAUUG